AUGGCCUCGACGCCCACAGACAGCAAUGGCGUUCCACUCGCCUACUAUGAACCGCCUCAUAGUCUGGUCAACAUGAGCGACUCGACCUAUGGUGGUCUACUCGCCAUUGGGUUUCUGGCGACGGUAUCCGUUCUCUUCACUUCGGUUCUUCUGAGCUUCAUCAGCUGGCGCAUGAUUGUCUGGAGGUCUCACUACAACAGUUUCAUCGGCCGCAACCAGUCGCUCGUGCUCAUCUACCAGUUGAUUCUGGCCGACUUCCUGCAGUCUUUGGGUUUCCUGAUCUCCUUUCACUGGGCGGCAAACCGCGAGAUCCUUGGGCCGAACGGAGCGUGCUUUGCCCAGGGCUGGCUCAUCCAGCUUGGAGAUGUUGCCAGCGCCUUCUUUGUGUUGGCCAUUGCCAUUCACACGACAUAUCAAAUCAUCUACGGCCGGAGUCUGCAAUACAAGACAUUCGUCGGCAUGCUCAUAGGCGUCUGGGGCUUUGCUACACUCCUUGCGAGUCUUGCACCCAUAACCAGCGGCCGCUACGUCUUUUUGCGUGCAGGCAUGUGGUGCUGGAUCUCAUCCGAGCACGAAAACCUUCGACUGCUCCUCCACUACCUGUGGAUCUUCAUUGUCCAAUUCAGCGCCAUCAUCGUUUACAUUGCCGGCUAUUGGCAUCUAUACCGCUCUAGGAGGUCCGACUCCAUCAUGAUCCAUGGACCUGGCGAGGCCGCUCUGCGCAGAGCUUCAACAACCAUGUUGGCAUAUGCCCUGGUAUAUACCGUCCUCACACUACCACUAGCCGCGGGACGUAUGGCUGCCAUGUCGCACGACUCGGUUCCUGACCAAUACUACCUAUUUGCCGGUGCGCUAUUCACUUCCUCGGGCUGGGUUGAUACUGCCCUGUACGCCCUCACGCGCCGUACCCUGCUUUCUGCAGAACUGGGCGUUGCCGGCGGCGGCGGUGGUGCUGGCGGCGACAAUCACAACGGAACGAUACGUUCCCACAAUAUUCCAAGACAGAGCAGCACCGACAGUAUCCUCGCACAGACUGGAUUCGCCAAUACCAACGGUAUCGUCAUGGACCGAGUCGUCAAGAUUGAGCUCGAUGACAUGGAAACCGCCAGCAAUGAGUCGGUGCGCAAGGGCUACUACGUCUCUGCCAAGGCGGAGAAAUGA